AUGAAGGUUUGCGAUUCAGAUCGAGAUCCGGUUCGAGUCAAGAAGAAAAUCCUUCAAGUUGUACUCUUCAAUUGCUCAGCGCAACAUGAUUUUCUAGAAGAGUUUGGUGAUGAGUCAGUGAAAGAUGAUGAAACGAAGGAUAACGCCUCCAGUGGCUGCAUAUCCUCCACGCUUUGCUGCAACGAAGAGAGGGUCGAGGGCAAGGGAAUGAUUCCUGACAGUGAAGCCUCCUCUGUUAAUGAUGAUUCUGCAAGAGCAUCAGGGGAUUUGGAGUUCAAUCAGUAUCUUGUAGAAGCUAAUAGUCUCCUGAAAGCAGCUAAAGAAUGUCUUUUGCAACAAGGUGAUCAUGAGACUGCUGACAACUACCUGUAUAAGUCUGUGGGAUUAGUGUUGAAAGUCAAAAUCAUAAGACCAAUGAGCUUAUUAGCAGCUGGCCAGUUGGGAAACACGUAUCUCCUUCAUCAAGAACUGAAAUUAAGGCUCAGCCGUGAUUUGAGAGCUUUAAUAGCUACAAAUAAUCCAGCAACAAUUGAUGAAUGGAAUAUUGAUGAUAACCUAAUGUUCAGGAAGGACAAACUUUCAUCUGCUCUUGUGAAUGUCUGUAAUGAAUGUGAAGAGCUUCUUGUCACUGCAGGAAGAAAUUAUAAACUGGCCUUGUCAAGUGAUGGAAAUGACAUGAAAGCCCUGUACAACUGGGCCUUGGCUCUUUUCUUCCGUGCACAGUUAAUAGCUGAUAUUGGACCUAUAAGCCAUUGUUCUUGCUAUGACUGUUUUUACAAGGUUUACUUGGCGGCAAUUGAUAAAUUCGAUGCCAUGAUGGCCAAAAGCAAUACUUAUGCACCAGAUGCUCUUUUCAGAUGGGGUACUACACUACAACAAAGAUCUCGCCUGCGGCCGGGGAAUAACAAAGAGAAGGUGAAGUUAUUGCAGCAAGCUAGAAGGCUCUAUGAAGAUGCACUUAAUUUUGAUUAUGAUAAUAUCCGAAUUUAUGCUGCCAAUAGGAGAGCUGGAGAACAUAUAAAAGACUUUGCAACUGCUUUCGGGUUGUCAACGAUGACCAAGUUUGUCUCCAAAAUAAGAACAAAGAGUCAAAGAUGUUUAAAAUUGGAGAAGAUGCCGCUCAAACAAGUUUGCUACGAAUCAAGUAAUAAGGAGAAACAUCCCUGGAGGAUGAAGAUCAUGCUAAAGAAUUGUUGUGCGAGAAGAGGCCAGGACUUUGGAAGAGCACAAAGAGAUAGAAUAUUUAUUCAGAGUGAAGGUGUGGAAGCCAAAAAGAAAAAAGACAGAGAUAUUAAGAUGGAUUCCUCCGGAUCCAGGGCAAGUGGUACUAAAUACAGAUGGAUCGGCUUUUAUACAACCAGGGCAUGCAGGAUGGGGAUAUGUGGUCCGAGGGGAGCGAGACGUGAAAUUCAUGGAGGAAUAGAGGAAUACAUAGAUCAAGAAGCUUCAAUUGAGAUUCAACUUCAGGUUCAUGGAUUAGAGAAUCCUAGCACGCCUUUGGUAUCGGUAUUGUUGAAUGACAAGAAUUACUUGAUUUGGAAGGGAGCGAUGCUUUCAGCGUUGGAGGCAAAGCUCAAGGAUGGAUUUGUGACAGGAACUUUACCUAAACCGCCAGUGAAUUCACCAAGAUUUGCCAGAUGGAAGCAAGCGAACACCUUAGUUUGUUCAUGGAUCAAGAGCUCAAUGUCGCCUGACAUAGCGAAUACUUUUGCUUUCAUCUAUGAUGCAAGAACUCUUUGGAACGACAUAGCAGAGCAGUAUGGAACAACUAAUCUCCCUCAGCUGUUUGAGAUAAAGCGUGAAAUAGCUUUGGUAAGACAAAGAGAUUCAAGUGUGGCAGCCUACUAUGGACGUUUGAAGCAACUCUGGGAUCAACAAGUGAGUACUAGUAUGGCUCUGCCAAUUGAGAACAGUGCUCUGGUGGCCAAAACAAUUGAUUGGAAGAAGCCUGGGAUGUCUAUCACAGGAUAUAGAGGGAAUGUCACCACUGGUGGAUAUCAAAAGAGAGAUAAGAGCAAGCUGUUUUGUACACAUUGUAACAGACCUGGACAUAUCAAGGAGGAGUGCUUUAAGCUGACUGGAAUUCCAGAAUGGUAUCAUGAGUACAAGAACAAGUUACAACAGCAGCAACCUACAGGAAUGAACAAUAUGACUACUGGAAUGAACAAUGUGAGCAAUAUGGUGAUAGUUGGGGAGACUCCUCUAGACACUACAUCAGAUAAUAAUGGGGACUUGCAUAUGGUGAUCUCUGGUGCAGUGCAAAAGGAGCUUGAGAAAAUUCUAAACGGCAAGGGGAUAGCAGGCAAUGCAGGAUUAGCAUCAAUGAACUAUGCUCAUUUUGACAGCUUUGCAGACCUAGCCCUUAUGAGUCAUAAACAUCCUGUUUCAGCUUUUACAUCUGUUUGGUUGCCUGAUGGUAGCAUCUGUUUGGUUGCCUGA